ACUUUGCCGUCGAUGCAUUUCCCACUCCCGCCUCUUCGCCGGCGAUGACCGCCGCCUCCCACGUCCUAACCUCCUCGGCUUCUCUAUGACGACUCCUCCGAACCCCUCCCCGCUCCUGUCCUCCCGCCCGAACCCCUCCCUUCCUCUCCACCGCCGCCCCCGGUUCCCCCACUCCCCGGCCGCCGCCAACACCACCGGCGCCGCAUCGGCGCCGGACUGGUUCCGCCCUCGCCGUACUCCGGACUCGGACCCGUCCAUCUCCGGCGGCCGCGUCACCGCGCGUGAUCCUGGCGUUCGCGUCAAGGCCAAGGAGGGCGCCGAGGAGGAAAAAGAUAAGAAGGCUAAGAGGAGGAGAUGGUGGGAGCGCUGGUCGGGGGACAAGGAGAGCUACCUGGUGGACGAUGUGGAGCCGCUCCCCAUCCCAUUGACCGUGCCAGAGACGGAGCCCAUGUCGCGGGAGGAGCUGGACCGCCGGCUCAGCUGCGACGUCGAGAUCGAUGAAUGCAAGACGGUCUCAUACGAGUGGACAGGCAAGUGCCGGAGCUGCCAGGGGACGGGACUGGUCAGCUACUUCAGGAAGAAGGGCAAGGAGACCAUUUGCAAGUGUGUGCCAUGCGCCGGGAUUGGUUAUGUGAGGAAAAUUACACUUCGUGAGGACAUUCAAAAGAUAGACGAGCUAGACAAUGAGAAACUACCAUAGUUUGAAAGGUCUCAAGUCAUUCGGCCUCUGCAAUUUUGUAAAUGCUGCCGAAGAGCUUGUGCUCGCAACCUACACAUUGACUAAUGGUUCUUUCCACUGCACAUUUACUGUUCAGGCACGAUACUAGCUUGGAGGGGUUAUUCUUUAAGCACUGUAAACUUUUGUGUUCAAAAAAAAACAUUGCAAACUUAGCAAUGGUGUCUAGUAAUUGUACCCCUUUUAUCUUGGUUAUUUGCUGAUAGAUAUGAUAACGAUCGAUACAGAAAAGAAAAUAAUAAUUG